AGGGGUGCGGCGGGUCCCAGCCGCCAUCCGCCGCCUCCCGGCCCCAUCCGCGCCCCGCCGUCGCCUUCAGCCGCCUCGCCGGGGCCCUGAGGGUGCACCGGACCGGCCUGGCUCGUUUUGAGCCGUCGGCGCCUCCCCUAGCGUUCUCCGGAGCCUCCGGAGUGCAGGGUGGGGGAAGCGCCCUCCUGCCCGUGGCUCCGCUCUCCACAGAGAUGCGAGGAGGGAGCCGGGGGCGCGGACUGGCGCGGCGGCCGGGCCCGGGCCCGGGCCGGUGCGGUGGGAGGCUGGGCCGGGCAGGGCGCGGGGGAGCCGGGUCGCGGUGUCUGUGGACUGCGGGGAGUGAGGAUCGUGCGGCGCGGCCCGGGAGGAGGCACCAUGGUGCGCAUGAAUGUUCUAGCCGAUGCUCUCAAAAGCAUCAACAAUGCAGAGAAACGUGGGAAACGCCAAGUUCUCAUUAGGCCGUGCUCCAAAGUAAUCGUCCGGUUUUUAACUGUGAUGAUGAAGCACGGUUACAUUGGUGAAUUUGAGAUAAUUGACGAUCACAGAGCUGGGAAGAUUGUUGUCAAUCUCACAGGCAGACUCAACAAGUGUGGUGUGAUCAGUCCCAGAUUUGAUGUUCAGCUGAAGGAUUUGGAAAAGUGGCAGAACAACCUACUGCCUUCACGUCAGUUUGGGUACAUUGUACUGACAACCUCAGCUGGCAUCAUGGACCAUGAGGAGGCUAGGCGAAAACACACAGGAGGCAAAAUCCUGGGAUUCUUUUUCUAAAACUUGUAAAAAAAGAGGAUACUAAUAAAUUGUUCAAAUGGA